CGCAGCUAGCAUCACCAGAGUGGAGACAAGUUGACAGCAGAGCAGAAAGCAUGGGAAACUAUGUUAAAAGUAGCAGACAGUGCUCCUGGAAAAGUCUGAGGUACUUUUAGGUGGACUGAAAACUUUUCCCGAGCCACAUACCACCUCACAGCAGCACCAUGAUGGAUAACCAGGGAGGUGACAGAGAGUCUGCCGCGGGGAGCAGCGUGUCAGCCCGGGGAGAGGAGCCCAGCAGCGGGGAGCUUACUCCGGAGCUCACCUGUCCCCCGGAGGACUACCGCACCGCGAAGUUCAGCCUGGCUGCCUACCUGCUCUGCUGGGCCUUGCUCAGGUGGUACCAGAAACUCAGAUGCCAGUCUGCCCCUCCACAGCCCCAGGAAGCCCUCGAACAGUCCCCCCACCCCUCUGAAGGACUAGGCUUAGAGGAGGGGGAUUUGGGUGCUGACUCCCAGGAAUGGUGCAAUAGGGGCACAGGAGGGGGGGACACAUCGGAUGAGUAUUGUGACUCCCGCUCACGGCACAGCGACACCCUGUCAGAUUUGAGUCCGGAUGGGGAGGACUCUGUGGAUGCCCUGCUGGGACUGGAGGGUGCAUGCCUUAGUCGGAGAGCAACGGUCAGCACCUUCCGCACUGGGCAGAGAAAAGCCAGACGGAGAGAGGUGGUGACAGCAAAAGAGGAACGCAGAGAUGCACAGACAGAGACUUAUGUUGGACGAUUUAGAUGUAGCAGGAGGAAAAGCCCAGAGAACCACGUGGAACCUAAUAUUCCCACGAAGCUCAGGCCUUCAGACCUGUGUCAUCCGUAUACAGAGGAACUAGGCGUGCAACAGGAACAGUCCACUUUACAGGCAACUCAAGUCAAGGACAGCACGGAGCCAUACAGUUUACAUGUACAAAGCCAACACAACACAGACACCUUUGACAAGAAGGUAAAUAGUCCACCAGACACUCAGGAAGUGAAGUUGCAUGCACAACCCGAAGAAAGCAACAGACUGAGUGAAUCCACAGAAACAUGCACGAAACACAUAGAUACCACGGAGGGUAGGGUUGUGGACACACAACAACAGCAGAUCACACAUGAGCACAACACAAGGUUACAGACAGAAAGAGAAAGAUUAGAAGUCUGUAAUGUUCAGGAAGUAGAGAAUAUUGAACUACUCGGCACUUACUCUGUAGAGAAAAAUACACAUUUAAGUAGAUGCAGUAGUGACUGUAAUGAUAGACCUCACAGACACAGAGAACAUGUAGAACAGCAGGGUGUAAUUAAUGAAGACAAAGACGUACAGGCUCUUAAAGCGCACAAAGACGAAGGGGACUUGUGUAAGAGUGUGGGCGCACAUUAUAAUGCAACCUAUAACAGAAUAGAGAGUAAUUGUAAUGACAUAACAUGCAUAGCUGAUACACAUUUUACAGAUCUGAAAGAUACUCAAACACUCUCUGAACCAGAGACAGACUCUCAGUUAAGUGCAAAAACUGUUGGUGCAAGUCCAAACGUCACAGAAGCACAUGGCACAAAGAAAAAUAGUGCAUUAGAAAAGCUCACAGACACAAUCAAUACCGUUAAUAUAUUGGCACACAAUGUGGAUGUUUGCUGUUCACGAACUGUGUGUGAGGAGAGACCGGCAGAUAUCCGCCCUCAGGUUUGUAAUAGUGAAACAAAGCCUCAGGAUAAGGCAAAGGUGUCGGGUGUCUGCCUUCAUGCGGGGCAGUUUGGGCGUGCACCACCUGGGACAGUAAAUGAAAUAUGUUCAUCCAUCACAUUCUCUGCAGAGACCUCAAACUCUUUUACUUUGGACACCUGUUCUGCUGAAUUAACCUCGGUCCCAAAGUCUUCUACUGUAGCUUCACCUGUCCAAACAGAUCAAAAACCACGUCGACCAGGUCGAACCCAGGGUUUGAUCCCUAAUCUCUUGGAUCAGGGGGUAUUUACAAUAGAAAUACCCUCUCAUAGGCAGCUCAAAUCUGCGAACAAGCUUCUGGAGAAGUCACAGUCAGGCUCUGUAGAACCAGGAGCUGACUCAACUAAAAUCCCAUCUUACAUUUGUCAGGAUUCUGAUGAAUGUCUGCCUCAUCAAACAUUCUCAGAACAUCUGCUGUUUUGUUCUGGCAACCAAGGAGCAGAGGAAUCCUCCCGUUUGUUGUCAGAGAACUUUGGAGGAGAGAGAAGGAGGGAAGGAUCACCCUGCUCGCUUCUCCACCAAAACAAGGAGCAAAAGGUGGAGGGCGGUCACGCUUAUCAUGAACAAAUUGUUGUGGGCAGUGUCCAUCUUCCACAGUUUGGCCCAACAGAGCACGUUGAGCAAAGACUAGAUCCAAAAGCAACUGUCAGUGAUCCAGAAGCCUGCUUUACUUUAGGAAAAACAUCAACCUGUCUUGUGGCUACUGAGUCCCCUCAUGAUAUUAGCAGAGAACACCACCGGGUCAAUUCCCUAACAAACAUAAAAACUACUGCCAGCACACUUUCUAGUCAUUGUAAUCAGCAGCUGCGUAAGAUCCCUGAACCUCCCAAUAGCCUGAACGCCUCUUUCUCUCUCCUCUCAGACUCCAACAAUAACACCGAGGCCAGUACAAAAGGGGUCGGAAGAGGGGAGGGUUCAGUCUGUUUCUCACGGGGAGCCCACUACAAAAGUAAUGAGAGAAUAUUUUGUCCUGUCGUUGAACCAUCAAUGAAUGCAACCAAUAACCCGUUAGGAAAUGUAGCCAAGACCCAGGAACAUUUUGAGGUGUUCCAGUCUUCUCUGGACUACAGAAGCAAUUGCAGUAGUGAAGAGACUGAAUCUGUGCUAGGGAGAAACAUUUCUAUCCACAGCCAUUCAAGACUGGCUCAUACAUAUGGAACUAAACCAGAGACGAGUGAUGAGGGUAAUACUGCCGAAAGACACGAAGGUCUUGAACCCUUAGGGUCAAGUUCAGACAGCCUAUUAAUGGACAGUGCAUUUAGCCAUCACAGAUUAUCUAACAGAGGAAAGGGCAGCUUAUCCGAACCAUUAAAGGAAUAUUCACCGGCUGACGGGUUUAGAGACCACACACAGGUCACAUUGUCAGCUCCACAGCAGGAGGUCAGGGUGAGGUACACACACCCUGAUGUCGGCCAUAACCUGCUCCCUGUCAGCAGCUUAGAGCCAAUUCUGGAGGCUGAGCGAUCACUGGAAUAUUGUGGCACAGCAGAGGAUGACUUUAAAAUAGAAACAAAGGAAGAAUAUGAGCUCAUGAGGCCUACAGAGGUCAUGAGGCCUACAGAGGAAGUUAGGGCUCACCUUUCAGGGUUCAUAUCCAGUCCCCAACACCAGCCUGAAAUAGAAGAAGAAUCGUUUACUUCUGCUGAAUCAGAACCUGACGUGAGCCCAGCAACAUCUUUUCUGCAUGGUAGUGGCGGACCUAAGACUUCUGCCUAUGAUGCUGUGUCUUACACCUCAGCUAGCAGCACCUGCGAUGAGUUUGAGGAUCCCGUUUCUCCUUUAGACAGAAAUACCAACCAUGACAAAAUGACCAAGAGGAGCAAAUCAAAAGGCAGCCAGGCAGGAAAUAAAAGUUCUAAGUUUUCUGUAUUUGCAAAAAUGCCUUCUUUUAGGAAGUCUAAGGGCUCAAAAGGUGCAACAGGUGAGGAGGUAACCCCGGAGUCAUCUGAUUGCGGAGGCGAGGGCCUUCUGUCUGAGCAAGGGCCACAUAGGGAGAACUCAGACGAUGAGGUUUUCGUGAAAGGCAACGUGCUUAACCAAACAGUGUCCUCAAUGCAUUAUGAGAUGGAAGAAGAGGACUCUGGCUUUUUCCCCUCUUCUCCCCAAACUCGCCAUGUACGACAGGGGAGUAAUGGGGAGGGAAACGGAGGACCGAGCCCAGACAACCCCCUCCUUAUGCUUGCCCAGGCCCCCAAUGGGCAGACGUACAAGAGGAGCAAGAGCAAUGACAGUUUAAACAUCCGCAUGCGCUUUGCACAAGCACACAAGUCUCUCUCCAGCCUGUUUGAGUCCCGUUCUUUGGAUAAGGACAAUGAGGAGCAGGCCACUGUGGGCACUGAUGUGGAUUCUGGUUUAGCCAAACAAACCUCGAGGAGGCUAAAAAAGGCCAGGGAGUCUGAGCUGCUGAAAAGAGCCAUUUCAGUGCCAGAGGGGGAAUGUACCAGCACAGCUUCUGGGCCGAGCUGUGAAGACAUAACGUCUUCUCCUCUCCUGGACAGGCUCAGCAGUCCUGGGUCUCCCACAUCCCCCGGAGCCCGCCGCCAUACUGAUCCCACCUCUAAGCAGGAAGUUUGCUGGGAAGCGAGUGGAAAUGAAACCCCCCAUGGCUGUAAAUCUGAAGGCCAGAGAAGGAAGUUAUCACCAAAUGGUGAACCUACCACUGAGUCGGGCCUUCCUCUCUUUCUAGAUGACUCAGCAGUCUCACAGCCAAUCAGCACCAGCCCUGUCUCACCUUUAAGCUCCUCACUAGCCACCCUUACUCAGCAGAUUUCACCAGCCUGGACCAAGUCCCACCCAGGGGUCAGUGAGAGUUUGACUAAAGGACCCUUACGGCCGAUGAGCCCCAAACCCAACAGUCCCAGGCCGACAGCUCAGCGUAAAAUCUUUAGCUACUCUCACUCAGCGAGGGCCAGUUCUGCCUGUCCUUUCCUUCUGAGCCAGUCGGUCAGCGUGGAGGGAUUAACAGACCCCCCGGAGAGACCUAAGACCCUAAAACCUUCAGCUAGCCCUGUGGGGGUCAGCCUCAGCCCUGUGGACGCAGCCGAAGGCAGAAUAGACAGCCAGUCACAAAUCAGCUCCAUUGGCUCUAUCAACGAAUUAGAGGGAACACCAAACAGUGGUCGCCCUCGCAGCCUGUCCAGAACAAGAAGGCUGUUGGAGGUGAAGAGCGAGGUGAAGAGUGAGGGGACGCCCUCUGUGGUUCUCAGUGGACCGAGGACAGGCUGCUGGGUGGGCGUGGUCCGUGACGGAGGUGGCCAGCACCGAAGGAGAAGUUUUUUAGACGACCACUGGAUCGAAGAACAAAAGAGAAACAAACGCAAACUGGCCAGAGCCAUCCGGGGGAGCCUGGGCCAGCUCCACACGCUGCUGUCUGAAGACAUGGACAAAACUGAUGCUGGAGAGAGCUUGGGUCCCAUUGAGGCUUUCCGUGGGAUGCCCCUGAAAUCCCACUGCUUCUCUCAGAGCACCCCCAUCGGUCUGGACUGCCUCGGCUGGAGAAGACACAUCUCCUACUUCUGUAAGUACCCUCUCUGA